CGUUCUGCUUCCGCCCGACCCUUCCGACUUCCGGUAAAGAGUCCCCGUCCCCUCAACUCCGUGCCAGCCCGGCAUCGCCGCCUGGCGCUUCGGCGUGCCCGACCCCGAUGCGCUCCGCGGCUGCAGCUCCUCGGGGCCCCGCGGCGGCUACCGGGCCUGGCCGCCUCGCUACAGCGGGAUGGCCCGGGCGGUGCUCGCUCCCGCGGACGGCGCGGCGCGGCGGGCGGGGCGGCGCGGACGCGUAUCCCUCCGCCGCCCCUCCCCCGUGCGGCCCCGGCCCCCCUCCCCGAGGGCAGCGCUCGCCUCCCUCCGCUUCAGACUGUUUUGGUAGCAACGGCAACGGCGGCGGCACGUCCCGGCCCGGCUCUCGGCAGCUCUUCGGUCUCGGCGGGCCUCCUCGCCCCUUCGUCGUUCUCCUUCUGCCCCUCGCCCCCCCGGCCGCACCACCCCUCGCCUCCCCGCUGGGCGCCCGCGCGUCCCCGCCGCGUUCCGGCGUCUCCUUGGCGCGCCCGGCUCCCGGCUUUCCCCGCCCGGCGUGCGAGCCGGUGUAUGGGCCGCUCACCAUGUCGCUGAAGCCUCAGCAACAGCAGCAGCAGCAACAGCAGCCCGCGGCCACCAAUGCCCGCAAGCCCGGCGGUGGCGUCGGCCUUCUCACGUCGCCCUCCGUCGCGCCGUCACCGUCCUCGGUCUCGUCGCCCUCGGUCCCGGCUUCCACCUCCUCUUCCUCGGCGGCCGCGGCGGGCACUGGCGGCGGGCGGCCAGGCCUGGGCAGAGGCCGAAACAGUAGCAAAGGACUGCCUCAGUCUUCGAUUUCUUUUGACGGAAUCUAUGCAAAUAUGAGGAUGGUGCAUAUUCUUACAUCGGUGGUUGGAUCCAAAUGUGAAGUACAGGUGAAAAACGGAGGUAUAUAUGAAGGAGUUUUUAAAACAUACAGUCCCAAGUGUGAUUUGGUACUUGAUGCUGCACAUGAGAAAAGUACAGAAUCCAGUCCGGGGCCGAAACGUGAAGAAAUAAUGGAGAGUAUUUUGUUCAAAUGCUCAGACUUUGUUGUGGUACAGUUUAAAGAUAUGGACUCCAGUUAUGCAAGAAGAGUUCCUUCAAAAACAGAUGCUUUCACCGACUCUGCAAUCAGUGCCAAAGUCAACGGUGAGCACAGGGAGAAGGACCUGGAGCCCUGGGAUGCAGGCGAACUCGCACCCGGUGAGGCGCUGGAAGCUUUGGAAAGCGACGUUUCUAAUGGAUGGGAUCCCAAUGAUAUGUUUCGGUACAAUGAAGAAAAUUACGGUGUGGUGUCUACAUAUGAUAGCAGUUUAUCUUCGUACACGGUGCCCUUAGAAAGGGAUAAUUCCGAAGAAUUUUUAAAACGGGAAGCAAGGGCAAACCAGUUAGCAGAAGAAAUUGAAUCCAGUGCUCAGUACAAAGCUCGGGUGGCUCUGGAAAAUGAUGAUAGGAGCGAGGAAGAAAAAUAUACAGCAGUUCAGAGAAAUUCCAGUGAACGUGAGGGGCACAGCGUAAACACUAGGGAAAAUAAAUAUAUUCCUCCUGGACAAAGAAAUAGAGAAGUCCUAUCUUGGGGAAGUGGGAGACAGAAUUCAGCACGUAUGGGCCAGCCUGGGUCCGGCUGCACACCAUCAAGAUCCACUUGUCACACUUCAGAUUCCAACCCGAAUUCUGGUUCCGACCAAAGAGUAGUUAAUGGAGGUGUUCCCUGGCCAUCGCCUUGCCCAUCUCCUUCCUCUCGCCCACCUUCUCGCUACCAGUCAGGUCCCAACUCUCUUCCACCUCGGGCAGCCACCCCUACACGGCCGCCCUCCAGGCCCCCCUCGCGGCCAUCCAGACCCCCGUCUCACCCCUCUGCUCAUGGUUCUCCAGCUCCUGUCUCUACUAUGCCUAAACGCAUGUCUUCAGAAGGGCCUCCCAGGAUGUCUCCAAAGGCCCAGAGGCACCCUCGAAAUCACAGAGUUUCUGCUGGAAGGGGUGCCAUAUCAAGUGGCCUAGAAUUUGUAUCCCAUAACCCACCAAGUGAAGCCGCUACUCCUUCAGUGGCAAGGACCAGUCCUGCAGGGGGAACAUGGUCAUCAGUGGUCAGCGGGGUUCCAAGAUUAUCUCCAAAAACUCACAGACCCAGGUCUCCUAGACAGAACAGCAUCGGAAGCGCUCCUAGUGGGCCGGUGCUUGCUGCUACGCAGGCUGGCGGCAUCCCGGCAGAGGCUGUUCCUGCUGCGUCUCCCACACCUGCCAGCCCUGCAUCCAACAGAGCUGUGACCCCGUCGGUUGAAGCUAAAGAUUCCCGGCUUCAAGAUCAGAGACAAAACUCUCCUGCAGGAAAUAAAGAGAACGUCAAGGUCAAUGAAACAUCACCUAGCUUCUCAAAAGCUGAAGCGAAAGGUGUGUCAACAGUUGUGUCUGAACAUAGAAAACAGAUCGAUGAUUUAAAGAAGUUUAAGAACGACUUUAGGUUACAGCCAAGUUCUACGUCUGAAUCUACGGAUCAACUACUAAACAAAAGUAGAGAGGGAGAAAAAUCAAGGGAUUUGAUCAAAGAUAAAAUUGAACCAAUUGCUAAGGAUUCUUUCAUUGAAAAUAGCAGCAGCACCUGCACCAGUGGCAGCAGCAAGCCGAGCAGCCCCAGUGUCUCCCCUUCAAUACUUAGUAACACGGAGCACAAGAGGGGACCCGAGGUCACAUCACAGGGCGUUCAGACUUCCAGUCCAGCUUGUAAACAAGACAAAGACGAUAAAGAGGAGAAGAAAGAUGCAGCUGAGCAAGUUAGGAAAUCAACAUUGAAUCCAAAUGCAAAGGAAUUCAACCCUCGUUCCUUUUCUCAGCCAAAGCCUUCUACCACCCCAACUUCACCUCGGCCUCAAGCACAACCUAGCCCAUCUAUGGUGGGCCAUCAACAGCCAACUCCCGUUUACACUCAGCCUGUUUGUUUUGCACCAAAUGUGAUGUAUCCAGUCCCAGUGAGCCCAGGCGUGCAACCUUUGUACCCAAUACCCAUGACUCCCAUGCCAGUGAACCAAGCCAAGACCUAUAGAGCAGGUAAAGUACCAAACAUGCCCCCGCAGCGACAAGACCAGCACCACCAGGGCACCAUGAUGCACCCGGCCUCGGCAGCAGGCCCCCCCAUCGUAGCCACCCCGCCAGCUUACUCCACUCAGUAUGUCGCCUACAGCCCUCAGCAAUUUCCGAACCAGCCCCUCGUUCAGCACGUGCCACAUUACCAGUCUCAGCAUCCUCAUGUCUACAGUCCUGUCCUACAGGGCAGUGCUAGGAUGAUAGCACCACCGACACAUGCCCAGCCUGGCCUCGUGUCCUCCUCAGCAGCUCAGUAUGGGGCUCAUGAACAGACGCACGCGAUGUAUGCAUGUCCCAAAUUACCAUACAGCAAGGAGACAAGCCCUUCUUUCUACUUUGCCAUUUCCACAGGCUCCCUUGCUCAGCAGUACGCGCACCCCAGCGCCCCUCUGCAUCCACAUCCGCCGCAUCCUCAGCCUUCAGCCACCCCCACAGGACAGCAGCAAAGCCAGCAUGGUGGAAGUCACCCGGCACCCAGUCCUGUUCAGCACCAUCAGCACCAGGCCGCUCAGGCUCUCCACCUGGCCAGCCCACAGCAGCAGUCAGCCAUUUACCAUGCAGGGCUGGCACCAACCCCACCUGCCAUGACACCUGCCUCCAAUACACAAUCGCCACAGAAUAGCUUCCCAACAGCACAACAGACUGUCUUCACCAUCCACCCCUCUCACGUGCAGCCGGCGUACACCAACCCACCUCACAUGGCUCACGUCCCCCAGGCUCAUGUACAGUCAGGAAUGGUUCCUUCUCAUCCAACUGCCCAUGCGCCAAUGAUGCUAAUGACGACACAGCCACCCGGCGGUCCCCAGGCCGCCCUCGCUCAAAGUGCACUACAGCCCAUUCCAGUCUCGACAACAGCGCAUUUCCCCUAUAUGACGCACCCUUCAGUACAAGCCCACCACCAACAGCAGUUGUAAGGCUGCCCUGGAGGAACCGAAAGGCCAAAUCCCCUCCUCCCUUCUACUGCUUCUUCCAACUGGAAGCACAGAAAACUAGGAUCUCAUUUAUUUUGUUUUAAAAUCUGUGUUGGUCUCUUGUAACAUCCAGUAGGAAUGCCAGCAGCUCGCGUGCAGUGGAAGGCGUCCGGCCCAAGCCGAGGCUUUUAGGAACUCGUGGGCCCUCCAUGACUCCACGCUGUGCUCCCACAAGUCCCCAGCUCUGCUUGCCCAAACUGGAAGUUAUUUAUUUUUUAAUGGCCCUUAAAAGUCAUGAACACAUCAGCUAGCAAAAGAAGUAACAAGAGUGAUUCUUGCUGCUAUUACCGCUUUAAAAAAAAAAAAAAAAUCAAGACUUGGAACGCCUUUUACUAAACUUGACAGAGGCUCAGUAAAUCCUUCCCGAUAGGCUAUUAUUUAUAAAUCAAGUUUGAUGAGGCGAUCACUGUCUACAGUGGCUCAACUUUUAAGUUAAGGGAAAAACUUUUACUUUGUAGAUAAUAUAAAAUAAAAACUUAAAAAAAAUUAAAAAAUAAAAAAAGUUUUAAAAACUGAUACCCAAUUAGUGUGUGUGUGUGUUGGCUCUGCUGCUGCAGGAGACAGCAGCCAGAGCGGACAGGCAGGUGCUUCAGCCUCUCAGAAGGUGGUUGUCAAAUGACUUCUCUUCUUCACCUUUAGUUCUGGUUCAAGGUAUCUAGAAAAAGACAAGACUGAGCUACUCUCUUUGGUGGAUUAGCAGUCGGCUUCAGCGGGAGGAAGGCUGGCCAGAGUUGGGCAGCACUGAAAGUCCACAUCCUCAAGUAGGUGCUGGCGCCGUAAGCUUCCUUUUUCAAAAUUAUCUCCAGAACCAAAACGCAAAGUGGCGUUAGUCUGAAGUUGUCCCAGUCCAGGCAUGUCUGUUACCAGUAGGGGGCAGGAAACCCUUUGUACAGAUAGGGAGAUGUACAAAGCACUUACUAAUAAAGAUGUUAAUACCCCGUUUGUAGGAGGAAGACAAAAGAGAAAAGAUUUGAGCAGGACAAGGACUGGUAGAGAACAGUCUUGGUCUUGCAGAGCCCUCAAACAGUGGCAACAAAUUCAGAUUCUGAAAACCUUUUUUAAUACACUUAUAGCAAUUUGUACAUUAUAGCAAAAUUUGCAUUAUUCAAGAAUAAGUUACUCAUACAGUACAUAAACAAAAUGUAAAAAUUUGCCAAACGUUUUCUGUAUAAUGACACAAGAUGAAUACACUCUGUGUUAUCACACUAUGCUGCUUAUCCCAGGCAAACACUGGGGAGCACAUGUGUCCCUGUUAAGAGAGGGUGGAUAAAUACUAUCGGAAUGUUAGCGCUAACAGGACAUUUGCAGUAAGAGACUUAGCUUGAAGAAAAAGCAUGAAGGAAUCUCAGGCAGCCCUCAGAAGAGGUCAAAGGCCUUGAUUUAGGUUAAGAAACUGUUAUGUAAAAAUAGUGUUCUCUGGCCCAAAAUUUUAAUCUUUGCUAUUCCUUUCUCCUACACGGUCCAGAAAUGAUCAGAGGCAGAAGACUUUUGCCAGAUAGAGCCAUGUGGACUGCUGGUCUUAAAAUGCAAGGAGGUUAGUCGGCUUAAUUCUUUGGUGCUGGUGGCAUUAGCUUGUAAAAGUCCAGUGGCCAGACAAAAGAAGUGAAGGGGCUGGGAAGUACUCCAGACCUGGGGAAGGUCUGUAAGGAGAGCUAACUGGAGGGUCCUGCACUUACUGCCCAGUUUGACCUCAGCUGCCAAUGGUGAUCACAUCAAGAUUGGCAGGAGGGAUGUGUGGAAUGUGCUGUGCCCGUGGCGGGCUAGCCACAGCCAGCAGGGUGCCUGCCCUACUGCUGCCCAUGUCAGUGAGGGCAUCUAGCCAGCAGGGCCUGCUCUAGCAAAGAGAAAGCAUUGGCUUAGUGUCACUUUGUCCCAGGGCUACCAGGAGGCUUUUCGUCAGAAUGUAUUUGAGCUGUCCCAAUUACUUGGAUACCUUUAGAAGGGAAGCUGUUGGUGGGAAGGUGGAUUGUGACAUCACAAAAAAGCUUAAGUUCACAGCACCUGCCUCGUGACACUGCCUGACAGGCUGUGGAGCUAGAAGAUGUUGGAACUUCCGUGGCUCUUGG